AUUUCUUUACAUUAAAAAAAGUUAAAACUGAUUUUAAACUGAUUAAUACCUGGAAUUUAGCAAUCAUAAUUCUUAAAACCUUGCCCCUCUAGAAAGAUUAAAAAUUAAGUAUAAAUUGAUAAUUAUGUUUCUAAGAUAUUUAACUAUUUUUGUGAUUCUGUUUACUAAUAACAUAUAUUAGGAGAAAAUCAAAGAUACAAAUUUUCCUUUGUGAUGUAAGCUUGCCAAAAAAAUAAAAGACUUAUGUGAAUAAAACAGGCAGGCAUACACAGAUACCAUAAAAAGUUGUUUUGUGUGUAUUUUGGGUCACACCCAGCGGUGCUCAGGAGUUACUCCUGGCUCUGUGCUUAGGAAUUAUUCCUGGCAGUGCUCAGGGAACCAUAUGGAACACCAGGGAUCAAACCAGGGUCAGCAUGUGCAAAACAAGCACCUUACCCACUGUACUAUUGCUCCAGUCCCUGCACUGCACUGUUGCACUGUUGUCCCAUUGUUCAGUGAUUUGCUCGAGCAGGCACUAGUAACGUCUCCAUUGUAAGACUUGUUACUGUUUUGGGCAUAUCGAAUAUACCACGGGUAGCUUGCCAGGCUCUGCCAUGCAGGAGGGAUACUCUCAGUAGCUUGCCAGGCUCUCCGAGAGGGACGGAGGAAUCAAACCCAGGUCGGCCAUGUCCAAGGCAAAUGCCCUACCUGCUGUGUUAUCGCUCCAGCCCAACUCCCAGAUCCCAUAAAAGUUUUAAAGGAAGAUUCAGAACAGGAAAAGCAUUAUGUUAGCUGGUUCAGUAGAGAAAUGAGAAAAAUGUUUACACAGAAAAAUAUUUCAAGGUUUGUGCUUCUAAAUCACAGUGGGAAAUUUCAAUGCAAAAGAUAUGAGAAUUAUCAAAUCUUCAUAUAUGAAAUUAAUAAAGAUGUGACACUAAGUUGUUUAUCAUGGGAACAAACAUGAAAAGCCAAUAACAAAGGCCUAUGUUACAUGUGUAUUUAAUUUUUUUUUUACUCUUAUUCCUGUUUCAGCUAUAUCUUGUAGUGCAGGUGGUGUCAGAAAUGAAAUCUCCAGUCUUGCAUAUCAAAGCAUGUGUUCUAUACUUCAGCCUUUUAAGUCAUAAUUAGUAAGUUUAACUACAUGAAGGGUUUUUUCAUUCUUGUAAAUUCCAUGUAUAUUUUCAUACUUAGGAAAAGAGUUACUCAUUUCGACAAGAAGUGUAUAAAUCACUUCACAGAUAUAGUGCUGCAAAUAAAAGAGGGAAUAAUUUGUGAAUCCAUGGGUUAGAUCCUGGGCACUGCCCCAAACCACCAAAAAAUACAUCACAGAUAAAGUUAGUAGCUGAAUGGAUCUGAGCUAAGAAAAGAUCUAAAAGAGACAAGCACCUUGGAUCGUAACUGGCUGUUAAUAUAUCUGUGUCUAGUGUUAAGCUAGAGCUUUGAAUAGUAUCCUAUGGCAAAUUCUAUUAAUAGUGUUCUAUAGCCUUUCCUCGCAGACACAGCUGCCGCAAGCAUGGUGAACGUACCAAAAACCUGCCGGACUUUUUGUAUUUGUAAGAAAUGUGGCAAACAUCAGCCCCACAAAGUCACACAGUACAAAAAGGGCAAGGAUUCUCUGUAUGCCCAGGGAAAACGUCGUUAUGACAGGAAGCAGAGUGGUUACGGAGGUCAGACUAAGCCGAUUUUCCAGAAAAAGGCUAAAACUACAAAGAAGAUUGUGUUGAGACUUGAAUGUGUCGAGCCCAACUGCAGAUCUAAGAGAAUGCUGGCCAUUAAGAGAUACAAGCAUUUUGAACUGGGAGGCGAUACAAAGAGAAAGGGACAAAUGAUCCAGUUCUAAGCUUCAUCUUUUACUAUGAAGACAGAAAUCCUGGGCUGUGUUAGACUGAUGGAACAAUCCAUGUUUUAGGAGGGAAAUUAAGUAGUGUCAUGAAUAAACUCCCUGAGGGGAAAUUUGCUUGAAAAAAAAAAUAGUGUUCUAUAUACUCGUAUUCUAAGGACAGUGUUUAGAAGAGAAAUUCAAUGAAGAAACUAUGAACAAGCUACAAAAUGCCUAUAAUCAGAAGACAAAGACAACUGAAAUCAAAUUAGAUGCAUUUAUGUUAGACUGCAGAAGAGAAAAUGUGAAAAGGAAAUUUUUUGCCUCUUUCUUACUUUGUUAAAAAUAGCAGACCCCAACUAUUACUUCCAAUUAAA